CUGGAUUGCGCUCAACAGCUCUUCCUUGCCCACCGCCCCCGAGUGUGUCCGGCGGCUUGCGAAGUAGUCGGCCAUCUCGCGUCGUCGCUCGGCCACGGCCGACAGGUGACUUAUCAGCGCAGUGGUGACAGACGAACGGGGCGUCAACACUGCAAUCAUCCCAUGCAUCGCACAGAGGGCCAGAGAGACGUAUCUGUGUUUACGUCGAUAUAUCUGCGCGUCGUGUUACUUACUUGGCGCGACGCCGGCAGUUUGGCACGCCUCGCUGACCGACACCUCGAUGAACGCUGCGCACACCGGAGCCAUCCAUCGGCGUCCGGUCCGUGUCUCUACGGAAUGCGAUGCGUGUGCGUACCUUUUGGGUUUGUGUGUCCGGCGAGGAUGUCGAGCUUGAGUUUGUCUCUCAGCGGGUUGGUCUUGUCCCACAGCAGCUUGAAGAAAGCAACCACUGCCUUGCCUGCAAUGCCAUGCAUGGACACACACACACAGACAGAGAUGUGCGGACGAGGAAGGACCAGCCUGGACAAGGAGGACCGGGCAGCUCAGGGUCCUUCUCCAGAUGAAACCUGCAGGCACACACGCAGUCUCCCAUGGAUGGACUGACUGGUCGAUUGUGGCGUGAGGGUGUGCUGUGGUGUGCUGUUUGCCAUUUGGGGUGCUGUGUCAUAAGCCGAAAGUGGACGUCUCCCAUGUUGAGCGGAUCAGCCAACACGCCCUGAACACACACACACACACACACACGACACACAGACAAGAAGAAGACUGUGUCUCCCUCCCUCUGCCCUGCUGUGUGUAUCUGUUUACUGUGAGCUCCUCUCGGAUGUUGUCUGAGGGCUCUGUGAUGUCGACGCUCUCACUGACAAGCACCCGCUUGAUAUGCUCCACGGCAGCGUCGUCGGUGGAGUGGUAGAAGAGGCGCGUGGGCUCUCGGUCGGCCACGUGGGCGAUGUAGUCUCUGAGAUACUCAUCGACUUCGGCCUGCGAGAGACUCGACUUGUCGGUCUGCUUCAGCAGAUGGUUGUUGGCGGCCAGCACAAACUCCCCCAAGUCGCCUCCUGCCUCAUCGAUGUGCGCAUGCAUGGCAUCCAUGGAUGACAGAGGGUGCGUGAGUGUGUCUGGUGCCUCACUAGGCGUGAAGAUGGAAGGUUCGGUAACGCGGUCGUCGAGACUUGAGAAGUGAUGCGACUCGACGUGUGUGAAGGUGGCGUCGAGUGGCUGUCCUGCACUCGUGUGAAUGAAGACAGAAAGACAUACAAACCACCAAACAUGUAUGUGCUUCUGUGUCUCGCUGGCUAACCGUAUUGCUUUGAGACGUCUGCGAUGGUGAGUCCUGUCUUGGCAGACCCUGUCCUGUCUUGUCGGAGGUUCACCUUGGAUGGAUUGCAAGUCGGGGCAAGCUUCUCGAAGCCGGUCAGCCCAUCUCCGCACACACAUGACGCCCUGCACACACAAUUCAUCACACAACAACAUGACACACACACCUGUGUCUCUCUCUCGUGCGUGUGUGUGUCUCUGACCUGUAUUUGUGUGAGUUGAGGUCCAACACGCCAGAAAUCUCGUUCGUCGUGUUCUGGUGCACCUCCAGCAAUGAAGAGAAGCCUGUCGUGGUUGUCGCGUCAGGCUGCAGGCCGCCGCUCCUCGCCUGUCUGCCGCCAAUGAGACGGCUGAUUGACGCAUCGCACCCGAGCAGCACAGUGAGGGCACAGCCGAGCAGCCAGACGCUUGGGUGCAUUGCUUCUGAUCGGUGACUGUGUGUGUGUUUGGUGUCUGUCGGUUGAGUGUCACUCAGUCAAUCAGUGGGUGUAGUGUACGUCAUUCGAUUCGAUGUGAUUGCUUUCUUGUUGUGCUUUCUUGUUGUGUACACACACUCGUACGCAAAUGCCUUCGUUGUGUCCGACAUACACACACACACACACACACACAUGCAUUCAUGCAUUGCAUUCAUCCCAUCCGCACAAUCGAUCAUGCAAUCAAUCAAUCAAUCGAUCAAUCAAUCGUGAGUGAUGCGCGGCCUGCCUGUCUCUGAUUCACCACAUUCAUCGAUUCACGUUCGCUGCUAAGAUCCUGCACUGCCCUCUGUCCCAAGGCGCAACGUGAACGGGCUUGCUCUGCACCUUGACUUGAUGCAAAGCGAGGCCAUCCAGACGGCGAAGGCAAACACAGAGAAAAGCAUCUUCAGC